UUUUACGUUUCAAUAUGUUUGGACGUUGAAUCUAUCGGUGGAAAACAUCAACUUUUUAUUUAAAUAUAUUUUCUUCAUUUUAUAUUUUGAGUAAAUGAAAAUAUAAAUAAUUGUGCUAAAUAAUUCAAUACAAUAACGGCGCUACAUGGAAAUAAACAAAAAAUAAAAAUAAUUAAUUUUUCCGUGCUUUAUAUGGCUUGAUAUUGUUUUUAUUUUCUAAAAAUAGGAAACUGGUGCAUUGAUAAGAAAAAUCAAUAUUUUUAUGGUUUUUCGUGGAUAAUAACAUAAAACUCUAUAAAUAGAAAACGUAAACAGAGAAAAUACGCUAAAGGUCCAUUUACAUGUGUUCGAAUGUUGAUGUUAUUUUGUAGACAAGAAUUUUCUUGACUUUUGUGUACUUGUACUUUGCUGGGGUUAACGUCGAUUAUGCUUUGAAUACAUCAACAGAAUUAUACAGAAAAGACAUUUGCACCAGAUUUUGAACUGAAAACGUGUUUUGUGAAACCUUUUCUCUCUAGUUGUUAUUGUUUACUACGGAACGAUAUAUAAUAUAUACAAAAAAGUCGGGUUACAACUAUGUGUUGUAUUUGGAAUAAAAAAAGUCUUUUGUUUUCGAUUGCCUUUUAAGUUUUUUGAAUAAGAGAAUAUAAACACCGCGAAAUAUAUACGUACUGCAUUUUUAUAGCUGUGAUUAUGGCUUGUUCGAAUAAUACUCCAAUUCAUAGUCCAGACAGACAAUCUAUAAUUGGAAUAAAAAGACGUUCGCGUGCAUCAGACACACUUUUAGCGACAGCUGCAGCUAUGUUGAAGGUUUUAGGUAUAAGUUCAUCCACCCGGAGGAAUCGAAAUAAAGGAUCUAAAUCAAAGAUUGCCGAUCAAAAUACAACAAUGCCUGCUAUGCCAACUGAAAAAUCAUCAAUACUGGCCGAAAGUAAUUACAGCGAUUUAAGGAUGAAGGAUAAUCUUGGUAUUAAACGGGAAGUGGAUGCAUCGUCGACUAACCGAGCGAAUGCAAACCCUGCACCAGCUGCAGCACGAUUAGCGCAUAAUCCAAAUUGCGAGACUGAUAAUAAAGCUGCUGAACCCGGAACAGUUGCAAAACCACCUACACAAAUUGCCACUAAAUCGAUCAAAAUCCGUGGUGUGAAUGACUUUCGUUUCGGAAUAGCAAUCGGCGAAGGAAGCUUCAGUACCGUUUAUCUCGCCAAGGACAUACACACAAGUAGGGAAUAUGCAAUAAAAGUCUGUGAGAAAUCACUGAUACUCCGAGAGAAAAAACAACAAUACAUCAAACGAGAACGUGAAAUUAUGAAUAAGUUGAGUUGUGUUCCCGGAUUCGUAAAUCUCUUCUGUACGUUCCAAGAUGGCAAAAAUCUGUAUUUUGUUAUGACCUACGCAAAACAUGGCGACCUCUUGCCGUACAUCAAUAAAGUUGGUUCGUUCGAUCUGAAAUGCACGCAAUUCUAUGCAGCCGAACUGCUUUUGUCACUGGAAAAUAUGCACAAAAAGGGCGUCGUCCACAGAGAUCUCAAACCGGAAAAUAUUUUAUUCGAUGAAAAGAUGCACACAUUGAUUGCUGACUUUGGUUCGGCAAAAGCCGACGAUAUAGAGGAUGACGAGGAAGAAGAAGUCGAAUUCGAUGAGCACCGAAAGCGAACGAAUAGCUUCGUCGGAACGGCACAGUAUGUGAGUCCUGAAAUUCUCACCGGACAACAAGCAUCGAAUUCGGCUGAUAUAUGGGCAUUGGGCUGUAUAAUCUAUCAAAUGAUAUCCGGUCUGCCACCGUUCCGGGCCGGUACUGAAUAUCUGAUAUUCCAGAAGAUACUUAAAUUGGAUCUCACAUUUCCGGACGGUUUCAAUGAGACCGCCAAAGAUUUGGUCCAGAAACUGCUACAAAUCGAUCCGGAACAGCGAUUGGGAAUGGGUGAUGAGCCGGACUGUUAUCGCAGUAUACGCAUGCAUCCAUUUUUCGAUGGCAUCAAAUGGGAAGGCUUGAGACAACAGACUCCACCACAAAUUUGUCCAUAUUUACCGGGAGUAUUCGGCGACGACGAUGAAUUGCUGAACAAAUACACUAUUCCUGAUCAUUUAGAACCGGGUUUGGAUGAUCGACAGCUUACAAGACUGCUUGGCUUGGAAUUGGGAACAUCAAUACCAAUGCAAAUUAAGGAUAAAUCUAAAAAUAUAUUAAACAUACCUGAAUAUGAACGACAACGUCGAUUGGCCGAACAAAGAAUGGACAAAUGGCAUCAAUUCGUUGAUGGUGAGGUGAUAAUCAAACAGGGAUUUGUCAACAAACGAAAAGGUUUAUUUGCGAGAAAGCGAAUGCUGCUACUGACAACGGGACCCCGAUUGAUUUAUGUGGACCCCGUACAAAUGGUGAAAAAGGGUGAAAUACCAUGGAGUGCUGAGCUUAGAACUGAAACUAAAUCAUUUAAAAUAUUUUUUGUACAUACACCAAAUAGAACAUAUUACCUAGAGGAUCCACAAGGAUUCGCGCUUGACUGGUGUCAUACAAUAAAAAAAGUACUACAGCAAACCUAUGGUGAUCAGACGUAAUUCAAACUAUUUUAGUGUUUUUUUCAACAAAAAUUAUUUUCAUUUUUCGUUGUUAUGAGUUUAAACCAAUGUGUAAAUAUUUGCAAAUAAGAAAAUUAGAUAUCAGAAGUUUAAUUUAAUACUAAAAAAAAGAAAUGAAAUUGGAAGUUAUUGUAAAAAUUAAAUUAAAUUAAAGAAAAUGAAAAAAAAAAACGGAAAAAAUACUAAACUAAUAUCGUCAUUAAAUUUAGUUUAAAUAAAAAGGAGAAGAAAAAUAACAAAAUUAUUUAUUUGAACUCGUAAAAAGCUAGUUGAAUUACAUGAUUUUAUUGUAAUUUACCGACAGAAGUAAUAGUAAUAGCAAAGCGAUUGUAAGAAAAUUAAAAUUGAAAGAAAAAAAAGAACUUAGGUAAAUACAACAAAUAAAUAAAUAAAUGGAAACAA